UUUUUACAAAAGUUUGACCAAAGAAAAUUAAAUUUUAUUUCUCAAAAAUAAUGUUUUCCUCCAUUUCCAGUUACACAGUCGAAUGUGGUGAUAACAUCGUGUGUUUUCAAUUUAGAAUAUUUGCAUUCAUAAAAUGCCAAGAAAAUGUUCAACAAGUCAUCCUGGCACAAGAAAAUAUGGCACUAAAUCUAAUUACACCAAUUCUACACUUCAAGAGGCUUUAGCCAAAAUUAAAUUAGAAAAAAUGUCGAUUGGUGAAGCUUCUAAAAUUUAUAAAGUACCUAAAGCAACAUUAUUUUAUAAGCUAAAAAAUAAACACUGUAAAUCAGUAGGGCGCCCUAUUGCCCUUAGCAUUGAUGAAGAACUUUGUUUUGAAAAUCACUUACUUUAUUUAAGUGACAAAGGUAUACCAAUUGGAAUUAAUGAUUUUAAAAGUAUUGUCAAAAUCUAUUUGGAUGAUAGUGGAAAAAAUAUACAACAGUUUAAAGAUAACCGACCAGGUUGGGAGUGAUGUAAACUUUAUCUUGACAGGCAUCCAUCAUUAAAAGAAAAAGUAUCUCAUUGUAUUUCAAGGAAACGUGCACAGAUUAAUUAUUGUCAAAUAAAAUUAUUUUUUCAAAAUCUAGAGAAGGAAUUAAAUGGAGUAACGCCAGAUAACAUUUACAAUAUGGAUGAAACAGGGUUUCAUGAUGACCCUGGAAAAAAAAAACUUAUUUUUCGUCGAUCCUCUCGCCAUCCAGAACUUAUAAGAAACACAACAAAAACUUGUUACACUGUUGUUUUUUGUGGAAAUGCCUCAGGAAAACUAAUUCCACCAUUUUUCAUUUUUAAAGGAAAACACAGUUGGUCUGACUGGCUUUUCAAUGCACCAGAAGGAUCAAGAAUGGCAACUUCUUGCAGUGGCUGGAUGGAAAUUCAAAUAUUUGAAGAGUGGCUGUUAAAUCACUUUGUUCCAAAUAUUAUAAAUAAGGAAGAUGUUGGAUAUUUCUCGAGUUUAAAAGCUAAUUGGAGGUCAGUUCUUAAUCAAUGGCGUAAAACAUCCAGAGGAAAAAAGGUUAAUAAUCUGCCAAAAAAUUUAAUUACGCAGCUCAUUAAAUCUACUCUUAAUGUUGGUAAAAAAAAUCUAGAACAUAAUCUCCAAGCAGGAUUUAAGGCUACUGGCAUAUAUCCAUUUUUACCAGAACAUGUUCUCUCCAAAUUACCCAGUUUUACAAAUAUAGAUAUUCAACUCAAUAUUGGAGAAUCGUUUAGGAAUUAUGUUGAUGAUAUUCAUCUUAAUUAUGAAGUAAGCAAAAAAUUUAAGUUACCAAUAACAGCAGGGAAAAGUGUAUCAGCCACUGAGGUAGAAGCAUACUAUAAGGAAAGAGACAAUAAAAAAAAAAGUCAAGAUAAUAUUCGAGCAAAGAAAAGAGGAUCAAAUAAUAUGGUUAUGAAAAUAAACAAAAAACUUAAUAUUUUACAAAGUUCAAGCAUUGUAAAUGUUAAUCAAGUUAUUGAAGACGAUGAACAAGUUUUACCUGUAUCUCAAAAUGAUGCAGUUUUUUCAUUGGAGCAAAUAAACAAUCACUAUGUACAUGUUUUCCUUGAUCAUGAUUAUUUUGUAAAAGAGUUAGUUGAAACUCAAGACUAA